CCCUCGCCCCCUCGCUCCGAGGUGGGCGCAACCGCUGAGUCGCGCGCGGCUCGGCGCCGCAAGGCAUCCUGGGAGGACGGGCCCGCGCCGGAAGGACGCGCGGCGGCGAGGUUAUAAAAGGGAGCGGGCCCGCGGCCGCCGGAAGUGGGCGGUUCGUCGGCGGCCGUGCUCUGUUGUUUAGGGUCUGGACCGCCGGAGGGGCGUUCUCCGGAGAGCCGCCGGUGCAGGCCGCGCUGACAGGGCCGCCCGCCGCCGCGCCGCGCCCCGCCGCCUGGCCGCCCUUCGCUCCGCGCGCGCUCGCCUCGUCCCACAGGCCCAACAUGGCGCAGGAGGUGUCCGAGUACCUGAGCCAGAACCCGCGAGUGGCCGCCUGGGUGGAGACGCUGCGCUGCGAGGGCGAGACGGACAAGCAGUGGCGCCACCGCCGCGAGUUUCUGCUCCGCAACGCCGGGGACCUGGUCCCCGCGACGCCCGGGGAAGCUGCGGCGGACGCGGAGAGCGGGGCCCGCAGUCGCCAACUACAGCAACUCGUCUCUUUCUCCAUGGCCUGGGCCAACCAUGUCUUCCUGGGGUGCCGGUACCCUCAAAAAGUUAUGGAUAAAAUUCUUAGUAUGGCUGAAGGCAUCAAAGUGACAGAUGCUCCAAUCCAUACCACACGAGACGAACUGGUUGCCAAGGUGAAGAAAAGAGGGAUAUCGAGUAGCAAUGAAGGGAUAGAAGAACCAUCCAAAAAAAGAGUCAUAGAAGGGAAAAACAAUUCUUCAGUUGAGCGAGAUCAUGGAAAGAAAUCUGCCAAAACAGAUCGUUCGUCAGCUCAACAGGAAAACAGUUCAGCAUCUACUGGGUCAUCCACCAAAUCUGAGAGUAGUGGGGCCUCGGCUAGGAGCAGCUCCUGUGUCACUAAUCAGAGUAGCUCCACAAGUGAAGGAGAUAGAUCUGUGUGCAGUCAAAGCAGCAGCAAUCCCUCUCAGGUAACAACAGCGGGGGCUGGAAAAGCUUCUGACCCAGAAACUCCAGACAAACAUGGCUCAGCAUCAUUUGUUUCUUCAUUGUUGAAAUCCAGUAUGAAUAGUCAUGUGACCCAAUCCACUGAUUCCAAGCAGCAGAGUGGAUCACCUAAAAAGAGUGCUCUGGAAGGUUCUUCUGUCUCAGCUUCUCAGAGCAGCUCAGAGAUUGAGUUGCCCUUAUUGGGUUCCUCUGGAAGUUCCGAAAUAGAGUUGCCAUUACUGUCUUCUAAGUCUAGUCCAGAGACAGCUUCAAGUGGGUUAACACCCAAAACUAGUUCAGAGGCAAGUGUGUCAUCCUCAGUUCCUAAAAACAGUUCUGUAUCAGGCACCUCUUUACUAACCCCCAAGAGCAGUCCAACCAAUUCUUCACUACUGACUUCCAAAAGCACGUCUCAGGUAGCUGCAUCCCUGUUAGCUUCCAAAAGCAGCUCCCAGAGCAGUGGUUCUGUGGCUUCCAAAAGCACUUCCUUAGCAAGUAUGUCUCAGCUAGCUUCUAAAAGUAGCUCUCAGAGUAGCACUUCACAGUUGCCUUCUAAAAGUACCUCACAGUCUAGUGAGAGUUCUGUCAAAUUCUCUUGUCGGAAACUAACCAAUGAAGAUGUAAAACAGAAGCAACCUUUCUUCAAUAGACUGUAUAAAACAGUAGCAUGGAAGUUAGUAGCUGUUGGUGGCUUUAGCCCCAAUGUGAAUCACGGAGAGCUGCUGAAUGCAGCUAUUGAAGCUCUGAAAGCAACACUGGAUGUGUUUUUUGUCCCAUUGAAAGAACUGGCAGAUCUGCCUCAAAAUAAGAGCUCUCAAGAAAGUAUUGUUUGUGAAUUGAGGUGUAAGUCAGUGUAUUUGGGUACUGGCUGUGGAAAAAGCAAAGAAAAUGCAAAGGCAGUUGCAUCGAGAGAAGCACUGAAGUUAUUUCUCAAGAAGAAGGUGGUGGUAAAGAUAUGCAAAAGGAAGUAUAAAGGCAGUGAGGUAGAAGAUCUAGUACUCUUGGAUGAAGAGUCCAGACCUGUGAACUUACCUCCAGCAUUGAAACAUCCUCAAGAAUUACUGUAAUGUCUCCAAGUUACCACUGCAUCCAGUAUCUGGUGUUUGAAGAGAAAAACUGGCUUUUAUAUAAUAUAAAACACUGGCUUUCACAGAUUUUGUAUUGCUUUUUUCCAGUUUUGCAGAAAAUUAAAUUCUAGUUCUCUUCAGUAAAGUAGAAGUUGUAAAUAAUUUAUGAAUGACAGUACAUAUUAAAAGGUAUACAUUGACAGCAUACCAGUGUGCUGUUUUAUUUGCUGAAGAAAAUACUGUCUUCUAUUUUUAAUGACAUUAGGUACGAUGUGUAGUUCUGUAGAACCUUAAAAGUUUUGUACUACUUCCAUUUGGUGGAAAUGUAUUAAGUUGUCUACCAUGAUUUUUGUUUUCCUCUAUAGAACUUGAUUAAAUUGCAUCAAAGAAAAGGGGACCACAGUAUUUGAAUGUUGAAAUCUGUUAAAGAAUAAGCGUAGUUGUCUCAAACUAUUUUCAUGAUAAGUUGUAAACUUUUUUUUAAAGAUACAAAACAGUAUAAAGUACUUAUUGUUAUUUUACUCUGAAGUUGUUUAAAAUUCACCAUGAUUUUUGACUGCUGCUGAAUCUUAAGCAGGUUAAUUUAUGUUUUGAGAUGAAAUGCAAUUUACACUUUCUUAAAACAUAAAGUGUGGGUUUCUAUAUUAAACAUAUUUUGUGACUACUAAUAUUAACAGAUUAAUUUGUUUAGAUAUUAAAUGCUUUAAGCUAUUUUACCUUUUCAAGAAGUUGUGUUUUUUUUCCCCCCUGCCCUGAAGUCAUAUCACAGUCUUGGAAUUUGGCUUCUCGCUACUAUUCAUAGUAAACUACAACCAAGCAGUUUUCCUAGUAAUGCACAUGUUUUCAUGGGUAGGGAAGUUAAAGUUUAUAUCUAGAACCAGGUGGUUUUUGUAUUUGCAGAUUUCAGAAGAAUAUGGAGAAGACUAGAGAGCCAUGGUCAGUUCUUUAUUGGUUGUGUUCAUGUGAAUUGCAUCUGUUAUAAUGAAGUAGAAUAUUGCUCGUGUCUUAGGUGAUUCUUUUAAUCUAGUAUGAUUUGUUUUUAUAGUUUGGUCUAAGGUAUUUGAUUAUCCUAGUGGCCUUUGGCUUUCUAGGUGAUAAUGUACAGAAAAGGCAUCUCAUAGUCACUAGCUGUAUGGGAAUUGGAGGGUUGGAAAUAAGCACAAUUUAAGUGUGUAAAUUAUUUUGUAGUUUAGGAAUAACAAAGAUGUUUAGUUUACUGUGCUUGAACUGAAAUAAUCAGGGAUGUUUGUAUUUUGCCAGGUAACCUUUUUUAAAUUGUUUUUUGGGGGAUGGCUCAUUAAAUAUCAGGGCACAAUCUAUAGUCUGUAAGUGGGCUGCCUUUAUAUAUUGUGGGGAGCAAUAGCAUAAGAAAAUUGUAAAAACACCUUCAAGUUUCUUCUGUGCUAUGUGUUGUGAACCAAUGCUUACCAGAAAAGUGAGCCAAACAUUAGAAUAAAUACAUUUCUGAAAUACA